AGCCUCCUAUACAGCAUGGAUGGGUCACAGUCAGUGCGCAGGCGCUGCAGGACAGUUUACAGAUCUACAGCGACGUUUUCCGGGACAAGACACCGAAGCAGAAGCGUCCUCUGCAGCUCAUGCACCGAAAAUAAUUCAUGAAGAGUCCAAAGUUCAGGCUGAACAAAACCUCGCUGACAGAGCUUCCAUGGGAUCCUGUCCAACAACAAUCCCUCUCAACAAUGAACUGUGGAAAGCCUCAAGCACCGAGUGAAGAAUGGCAAGGUUUAGGCGCAAAACUUGCAUCACGUUAAUUGCUUUGGUGUUGUUUGUGCUCAUAGUAACGGUGGUCUUGAAGGCGCUGACACCAGACGACUCUCCGUUCGACAGCCCUGAUGGUGCGGAGCUGAUCCUGGACAGAAAGAAUGACAAUCAGAUCCAGAAAGAAAACAUCAAUAAACCUGACCAGACCAAAAUGCACAAAUCUGCUCAGUCAGACAAACUGAAAGCUACACUGAGGAAGUUCCCUCCUCCAAACUACUAUAUCCAUGCCUUCUACUAUGCAUGGUAUGGGAACCCCAAGUUUGAUGGCAAAUACAUCCACUGGGACCACCCGCAGCUGCCACACUGGGACUAUAAGGUGGCUCAAGGGUAUCCACAAGCGAGACACGUCCCACCUGAUGACCUCGGGUCCAACUUCUACCCCUCUUUAGGGGCUUACAGUUCCAGGGAUCCCUCCAUUAUAGAGUCUCAUAUGCAGCAGCUGCGCACAGCAGCCAUUGGUGUCCUUGCUGUUUCCUGGUAUCCUCCUAAUAAGAAUGAUGAUAAUGGUGCUCCAAUGGAUGACUUUGUGCCUUUGCUGCUGGAAGUGGCACAUAAAUACCAUAUUAAGGUAGCGUUUCACAUUGAGCCAUACAAAGACAGAGAUGAAGUCAACAUGUUCACUAAUGUCAAAUACAUCAUUGAGAAAUACGGGGAGCACCCUGCUUUCUUCAAGUACCGGACACCGAACACUGGCAAGCUUCUUCCACUCUUCUAUGUGUAUGACUCGUAUCUGAUGAACUCGGAGCAGUGGGCCAAACUGCUCAAACACACAGAGAGCAACAGCAUCAGGGACACCCCGUAUGAUGCCAUCUUCAUCGCCCUGCUGGUUGAGGAGAAACACAAGAGGGAUAUCCUGACCGCAGGUUUUGAUGGCGUCUACACCUACUUUGCUACUAAUGGGUUUUCCUAUGGGUCCACUCAGCGGAACUGGGACUCCAUGAAAGCUUUCUGCGAAGACAACAACCUGAUAUUCAUCCCGAGUGUGGGCCCCGGGUACAUUGACACGAGCAUUCGACCCUGGAACUUCCAGAACACCCGAAACCGCAUCAACGGCAAAUACUAUGAAACCUCGCUGAGCGCUGCGUUACAAGCCAGGCCCGAUUUCAUCUCUAUAACGUCUUUUAACGAAUGGCACGAGGGCUCUCAGAUUGAAAUGGCGAUUCCCAAAACAAGUCAAACUGUAUAUCUGGACUACCUGCCCAAUAAGCCUGCAAUCUACCUAGAGAUCACUCGUAAAUGGGCUGCGAUAUUUGGCGGCGAGCGGCGAAAAUGGCAGGAUUGAUGCGACUAUGAGCCAUAGGAAAUAUGUACAAAUAAUUCCAUGAAAACUAAAUGAAGUUCUUGUUGCUGAAUGCACAACAAAAUGCAAAUGAUGAUUAAUUGUAUGAGAACAGCCAAAUGAUUUUUAUGGCCACGGGCAAGUGGACUAAAUUAUCUUAAUUCUGGCUGCAGUGAUGUGAUUUUUUACACUUGGGUAAAUUAUUGUUAAUUUAACUGAUGUCUAAUUACUUAUGUCAUAACAUAAUCAGCAUGUUUUAUCACCGACUCCACCGUAUCCAGCUGAAACUGUGCGUAGGCAUGUUUUGCCGUCCUGUAAUCUGUGCCUAUAUUAAACCUCAAUAGAAAUAAAUAAAGUGCGUCCUGGAAAGGAAGGAAAGUAAACAAAGCAGUCUGCUGGCA